UUGAAGAUUCUCUGCUCGCUUUCACUAUUUUGAAUUGUCUCCAUGCGAUGGACCUUUCAACUUCGGAGAAAAUUUCUUCCCUCACUGUUUAUGGAAAUCAUUCCAAGUUAGCGCCUUUUCGCUUGUCUAGAAUUGCUGCUUCGACCCAGAAAGAUGGCAAGAGAUUCGACUCUCGUCGCCUUUUUCCUAUUCCUAGCGUCAAUUUUGUUUUUUGUACCACCCAUUGAUGGAAACGAUCCUCUGUAUGUGCUUUGCCCACUCCAAAAUAACACUUCCACUUUUGGCAGUCCGUUCAGGAAUAACCUCGAACAGCUUCUGGGCAAUUUGGCUUCUAGCACUGCAAAGACAGGCUACAGCAGCAGCUCUGCUGGGGAUGGCAAUGGUCAAGUGUUUGGUCAAGCACUUUGCAGGCCUGAUGUGGGUGGGAGUGCUUGUGGGGAUUGCAUCAGGAUUGCGAGCCAAGAGAUCAUGAGCAAGUGCAAUAAGACAGAUGCUGAUAUUUGGUAUGAUUAUUGCCAGAUAUCUUAUUCGUAUAGUAAUUUCUCCUCCGCGAUGACUUACCUUGGAAAGUACCCAGUUAGUAAUAAUCAGGAGAAGAACGUAUCGAAUCCGGACGAGAUGAACACUGUCCUGAAAAAGUUGAUGGAUCGUCUCAGAAGUGAGGCCACAUCGGCUUCGUCGGUGUUUGCGGCGGGCAGGUCGAAAUUGUCGAGCCAAGAACAUGUUUAUGGCCUUGUGCAGUGUACGAGAGGGAUCUCUGGGGAUGAUUGUAAUACAUGUUUGGAGUCGGCCUCUGGGGAUCUGGCAACAUGUUGCUCUGCUAAGCAAGGUGGAAUCGUCGUCAGCAGAUAUUGCAACGUGAGGUUCGAGCUUGACCGCUUCUAUAAUCUGCAUUCUAAAGGCUUGGGGAAGGCAAGGAUGAUUUUGUUGGUCACAUGGAUCCUGGCAGGGGCAUUGCUACUUUCCCUUGGGGUUUGUGUUGCCCGUCGAAGACAGAAAAGGAUAACAACCGGAGAUGAAGACAAAGACGAGAACGUCUUGCUACAGGAAUUGGCGAAGCCCAAUGAACUAUCGGUUUCAAAAGGGGAUCUAGAAUAUUGUGAUGAUAUGCUUGUCAUGGAUUUGGAAACUCUGAGGGCUGCCACAGCCAACUUUAGCCUUACAAACAAGCUCGGACAAGGCGGGUUCGGCAUUGUUUACAAGGGAAUUCUACCAGAUGGAAACGAAAUAGCAGUUAAGAGGCUGUCGAGGAAGUCGUGGCAGGGAGUAGAAGAGUUCAGAAACGAAAUCACGCUGAUUGCAGAACUCAAACACAAAAAUCUCGUGAGGCUUUUGGGGUGGGGCAUGGACGGACAUGAGAAGUUACUCAUAUAUGAAUACAUGGCCAACAAAAGCCUCGAUGUCUUCCUCUCCGAUCCAACGAAAAGUUCACAGCUCGAUUGGAGAGCACGCUACAACAUAAUUGAUGGGAUUGCCAGAGGACUGCUUUAUCUUCAUGAGGAUUCCGUGCCGAAGAUCAUCCACAGAGAUCUAAAGCCAAGCAACGUGUUGCUGGACACCGACAUGGUUGCCAAGAUAUCGGAUUUCGGCAUGGCAAGGAUUUUCUCAGAGAGGCAAAAUGUAGCAAACACCAGAAGAGUUGUCGGGACUUUCGGUUACAUGGCCCCAGAAUAUGCAAUGGAGGGACAAUUCUCUGCAAAGUCCGAUGUGUUCAGCUUCGGAGUCAUCCUGCUCGAAAUCAUCAGUGGGAAGAAAAAUAGUGGUUUCUACCUCACCAAGCGCGCAUCAUCGCUGCUAAAAUAUGCAUGGCUUUUGUGGAACGAAGGGAAAGAGCUUGAAUUCCUGGACCCUUUCCUGCUGAAAUCGUUCCCCCCGGCCGAUGUGCGUAGAACCGUUCAAAUUGGGCUUUUAUGCGUGCAAGAAGAUCCGGCAGACCGACCUCUCAUGACGGAUGUGGUGGUUCUUCUCGAGGAUGGACCUGCCGUGCUCUCUCAGCCGAAACAACCUGCGUUUUCGGUCGGGCGAGACAUCCCCUUGGGUAGGCUCUUGGAGCCAGAAAGUUCUUGUACCGACAAUGUUACUGCUUCUACAAUGUCGCCACGGUGAAUAGAGGCUAUUGACAUCCGAACAUUCGAUAUCAACACGACUCUCAGGUUCAUGGGAACUAGGUGUAACAUGUGCUGCUGGUCCAUGCAUGAAAUUAAAGUCCAUGAUCUGUCUUAGUUGUCUGAUACUAGGUAGAUAGAGCAUAAAUAGGUUUUAAAGCAACCAU